AUGCUCUGGAAACUGCCAUACCCUGUCCGCUCUUUAGUGUUGCCAACGCUCCGCAGACACGCUUCGACAGAAGCACCGACUCGCGCUGCGGAACCGUUGCGCAUAUUGUUUUGUGGCUCGGACGACUUCAGCAUCGCGUCGUUGCGCGCCUUGUGCGCGGCAAAGCGUGUUGCGCCCAAGCUCAUACAUUCGAUCCAUGUCGUCCAUCGACCAGCAAAGCCUGCAGGCCGCGGUCUGAAGACUCUGAGAGAUGUACCCAUUAAGCAUGUAGCUUCCGACGAGCUGUGCCUAGACACCCAUGCGAUUGAUACCUUUACCGGAUGGACACCGCCUAUUCCCAUCAACCUUGUCGUCGCCGUGUCCUUUGGCCUCUUCGUCCCUCCACGAAUACUCAACCUCGCGCAGUACAGCGGUCUUAAUGUCCACCCGUCUCUCCUUCCCGACCUGCGAGGUCCAGCACCCAUAGAGCAUGCUAUCCUCAAAAGGCGCCGUUACACCGGUGUCUCCAUACAGACCUUGCAUCCGACACAAUUCGACCAAGGCACUAUACUUGCCCAAACGCCAAGUCCAGGUGUGGAAAUUUCUCGGGGAUUGACAUCAGCGAAUCUAGAGAAACAGCUGGCUGAAGCAGGAGCCGAGCUGUUGGUAAAAGUCCUCAAGGAACAUAAGUUUGUUCCCCCACUUGACAAUGUAGGGUGGUAUGCGAACCCAGACGACCCUACCAGGCCUGUUGACCAUGCGGAAAAGAUCACGAAGCAGCAUCGCUUUAUUGACUUCAGCAAAUGCACCAUGGAUCAGAUCCUUGCCGUUCAGCAUGCACUGGACAACCCUUGGUGCAUCCUACCCAAUGGCGAUCGCCUAAUUCUCCACCAAGUCGUAGAUACUGGCAAGGCGGGUCUAUCCCAGCGUGAACCUGGUAUCUGGGCGCAGAAAGGUUACAACUACCCAUUGUUUCAGAGUGCUGAUGGGCAAGUAGGUAUCAUUGUGAAAAGCACAUACGCAGGGUCGAAGACAGGUCAGGGAAAUGCGAAGCUAUUGCGCUUGUUGCCAGCCCAGGAUCAUGAUGAUAGUUACAGCCUCGACUCCGCCGUAUAGGUCUUCACUCUUCGUUUGCUCUCCAUCACUUCAAACGCCCCCAUCCUUUCUUUUGUUCCAAGUAGUACAUCGUGAGCAACGAAAUAAGUAUAUGCAACGCAGUGAGCGCGUAUCGGUGUCUCUAUUCUAUUAGCCCCCACAGAGGUCCAUGCAUGGUCAUAUCUCUAGAGCGGAAUGUUCGCUUGGGCCAUUGAGGAAUAAAUGGUCCAACAGCUACAUCGGCGAUCGGUGCACAAAAAUACGGUUUGAAUGCGAAUGACCGAAGUUCAAAAAAAUCUCCCCCGGGAAGGCUCGAACUUCCAGCCUCCAGAUUUGCUUGUAUCCG